CGAGGAAUCGAAAGAACCCGUAAUCGGGGAAACAAAUCAAAAUAUUUUUGAAAUUCUCAAUCGUGACAAGGUUCAAAGCCAUGGACAUGAUGGUGUUGAUAUCCCUGAUGACUCUGACAAAACUGUCAUUGGUGUCCCACCCGCUGAUAACCUAGAAAAAUCAAUAGAAACGAAUCAUGUGCAAGAACUACAGAACAUUCACGUGCAUUUUCAAAACAAACAACAUGAUCAUGAUAGCACUAGCAGCAUGCAUGUUGAUUCCAACUCGGCCACCGGCGAUCGGGAUCACGUUGACAGCUGUCCUGAAAACUUACAAACAGUAUCUAUACCCACUGAAAAAUCUCCUUCAAAACCCACAGUUGUGGUUUCACUUCCGACUCUGUCAUCUGAUGAUAAAACUGACAUAUUAUGUAUCAGUCCUGAAUCUGGCAAGAGAAGACGUAUUCAACACGAUUAUCGGCGACUUUCAAGCUCUGGCUACCUUGAUGACUACGAAGGCGGAGGCAGGGAACGUUUUUCAACCAAAGUACCAGUUUUAAAUGAACCCGAAUCUCAGAUGACGACUUCCCCUCCUAAAGUGAAGCCACUGAAGUUGAAGGUCCCGAAGCAGAUGGUCCCUUCAAUAACUGUAAACCUGUUGAACGGAACGGCUCAAAAUCCACUUUGUCAAGGACAAGGAACAUCGCUACCGAUGGAUACAACAGAUGGAGGCCAUGAUAAAGACAAGAAGAGGAAGCACCGCGACAAGGAAAAGGACCACAAACGUGACAGAGAUAAACAUCGGCAUCAUCAUCAUCACCACAAGCACAGCCAUCACCACAAGGACAAGAUGGCAGUUGGUCCUGUCACAUCCGAGAAAAAUUCAUCAAAAGAAAAUAUCAAGAAAGUUGUGGAGGAACCACCAAGUAACAUGUUACUUAAUAGUAUAAAGAAAACAUCGCCGCCUGGUUCGGAACAGAAGUCGCGGCCAGUGGAUAAGACAAAUGUCUUUGAGAAACUGAAAAUCACCAUGCAGGGUAUGCCUCAACCAAAUCUAGCUACUGCUACGAAGAAAUUGGACUUCGUAAUCGGUAAAGACGACAGUGAGGUUAUUGUAAAGAAGGAGGUUCUGAGAAGGGACGUGCAGCCAAAAUCGAUAAAAGCUUGUGAUAAUGGGAAAGGAUAUUCAUCACACUCGGGUGGUGUAAAGCGGGAGCACAGUGCUGAUCGUGUAGAAAAUGCAAAAAGGGUUAAACAUGUUGGGGACGGUGAUUCAGUGUCGUCAAGUAAUUCUGAUAAAAAAGUCCACACUCCAUCCAAAGUUGAUAAAAACGGUGAAAGGACUCCUUCGAAACAUGUUGUGAAGCAUUCGUCAUCUCAUAUAAAAGAGAAAAAAGAUGACCGAACUCCGUCUAAGCCGAGUCAUAAUGAUCGAAAGCAUUCAACUUCGUCGUUAAAACAUUCCGGUAGUGAUAAAGCAGUGCAGCAUGUUUCAAAGCAUGGUGUCAGUUCGCCAGCAAAACUUGGUGUUGCUUCAUCCAAAAAUGGUGAUUCGCAUCCAAAAGAGAAAGUUUCAUCAAAGCAUGAUGUCGUUUCUUCUGUAUCGAGAAGUGGCACGCCGUCUAAACAUGGAAGUACACCUUCAAAACAUGGUGGUAUUUCUAGUUCAAAACAUGCAAUAACACCAUCCAAACACGGCAGCACGCCUUCUAAAGUAAUUGAUAAGAAUGUUGAACGGACACCUUCAAAACAUGGCGAUCGUAAACCAAGUCACUCGCAUCAGAGUGAUAAAAAGGGGGAUCGGACUCCAUCGAAACAUCAUGAUAAGAAAACCAUGCAUAAAAUCUCAGGCUCAUCGACCAUAUCAACUCAAGACCACAACGGCAGUUCAGUGGUUCAUGAUAGUGUCAAAAUCUCAGGCAGUUCGAUGUUAUUCCCACGGACAAUCUCGCACAAUGUCAGUUCGGGUUAUAAAGAUCUUAUGUAUGCUGAAAAAUCGGUUAAUGGCGGUGCAAGUGUUUUGCACGCGUUUGAUUCAGAACUUGCAAAACUUAAUUCGGAGGAUUUGAAAAAAUUCACCGACGAAUUCCUCGAGGCUUUGUUCAAUGAAUCUCAAGAGGGAGUCUCGCAGUUUGUUAUGGGCAUUGUUCACGGAGCUGUCCGUUACAUGCCGGAUUUCAUCGACUAUCUUGCGGAUACCUAUCCGAAUCUUGUCGUCAAGCAGGAAGUGUUGGGUAAAACUGAAAUUGAGACCACGACUAUUCUGAAAUAUCAAGAUAGUUUGUUCAAGACCUAUGACAAGGGUACGUUCCGGCACGGUCCCCUGCUACAGGUCAGCAUGGUUGGAAAAGUGCACGAGGAGGUGGGGAACUACUUCCCACGCUUUUUGGAUAUGCUGGAGGAGAAUUCGUUCCUGAAGCGUACGAUGCCUUGGGGCGAGUUAUCUGCUUUGGACGACAUGGAAAGGAAUGACAGCAACGAUGGUCCUAUCCUGUGGGCGAGGCCUGGGGAACAAAUGGUGCCCACUGCGGACAUGCCCAAGUCACCUGCCAGGAGGAAACGUGGCGUGAACGAGUUGAAGAAUCUCCACUAUUUGCCCCGAUCGUCUGAACGACGGGAGACGCUGGUUGAAGAUCGUACGAAAGCGCACGCUGAUCACGUCGGUCAUGGAUUUGACCGUUCUACCACUGCUGCCGUUGGUGUUCUCAAAGCGAUUAAUUGCGGACAACCAGAGUCGGGUGACCGGAUUACGAAAGAUGUCAUCUGCUUCCAUCCUGGAGACUUCCUGUCUGUCGUCGACAAACUUCAGCUUGAUCUUCAUGAGCCCCCUGCUUCCCAGUGUGUGACUUGGCUUGAAGAUGCAAAGCUGAACCAGUUGAGGAGGGAGGGCAUCCGCUAUGCUCGUAUACAGCUUUGUGACAAUGACAUCUACUUCAUCCCACGAAAUGUGGUCCACCAAUUCAAGACAGUCUCAGCAGUAACGAGUAUUGCGUGGCAUGUUCGGUUAAAACGUUAUCACCCAGAGCUUCUCAAUCGAGAAGAUGAGGAGUCGAGUUCCGAUGGGGUGAAGGAUACCAAGGAAGAGGUUAAGGUCACACAUGUUAAGGUCAAGGAGAAAUCUGUAGAGGUCAAACCCAAAGGUGAUAUCCAUGCCCUAAAGCCAGAGGUCAAGGCAAAUGUCGCACAGCCAGAGGUCAAAGUAAGGAGCACACCAACAGACAUAAAGUCAAAGAGUGCACAGCCAGAGGUUAGGUCAAAGAAUGCACACCCAGAGGUUAGGACAAAGAGCUCACACCCAGUGGCCAAGACUAAGGGUUCACACCAAGAGGUCAAGACAAAGAGUUUGCAAUCUGAGGUCAAGACAAAGAGUUUGCAGUCUGAGGUCAAGACGAAGGGUACACACCUGGAGGUCAAGACAAAGAGUUCACACCAAGAGGUGAAGCCAAAGAGUUCAUACCCAGAGGUCAAGACAAAGAGCUCACACUCAGAGGUCAAGACAAAGAGUUCACACCCAGAGGUCAAGACAAAGAGUUCACAUCCAGGGGUCAAACUAAAGAGUUCACACCCAGAGAUCAAGGUGAAGAGUACUCAUUUAGAGGUCAAGGCCAAAGUCGAUGCUGUUAAGAAGGCCACUAGGCCAGAGGUCGAGGUGAUGAGCAUGCAGGUCAAGGCCAAGAUCACUCAGCCAGAGGUCAAGCAGCCCGAGGUUCAGGAUAAAACGGUGUCAGGAGAGAUGAGACUGUUAUCGAGUACAGAGAAGGUGAAAGCAACUUUCGUUGUGGAAACAACAGAGGAAGAUGUCAAGGUCAUUCAGACAAUGUUGACAGAGAAGGUCAAAGGACAAAUUUCAGAUGUCAACGUUAAGGAUACAUCUAUGGCCAAGGAUGAGUUCAAGAACCCUCGGGCUGAGGUCAGGGACAUCCCAGGGAGCCAGAAACCACUGUCAGAGGUCAAGGUCAAAGAAGAUGUCAAGGACACAAUAGUGGUAGUCAAAGUCGAAGAAGAGAUCCAACUAGCAGCGGUCAGGGUUAAAGAAGCCACCCCAGUGAGCCAGAAGCCACUGUCAGAGGUCAAGGUCAAAGAAGAUGUCAAGGACCCUCAGGCAGAGUUCAGGGUCAAGGACACAACAGUCGCUGACACAUUCAAAGAAGAGAUGGCGAACCACUUAGCAGAGGUCAGGGUCAAAGAAGCGAUCCCUGAAUCAUUAUCAGAGGUCAAGGUUGAGGAUAAGCUAGCUGAGGUCGACAACAAGGAAAAGAUUGCGAACUCACUCACCGAGGUCAAGGUCAUGGAAGAAACCAAAACGCCUUCAGAGGUCAAGGCCAAGGAAGAGAUUGAGGACCAGUUAACUGAUGUCAAGGUCAUAGAAAGGACCGGUAACUUACCAGUAGAAUUCAAGGUAAAGGACACACUAGUGGAGGUCAAGAAAGAGUUAGAAAACCCACCAUCCGAGCUCCGGGUCAUUGAAGAGGUCACCGACUCCGCAGUGGAAAUAAAAGAGGCACAUGUAGUGUUUGUGGGGGGACAGAUGGGUGAAGAGAAAGUGGAGACAAUAGUCACAGACACUGAAGGAACAGUGGGUUGGAACGAAGAAGGUAAUGGAGAUGAAAGCAUUGAGGAGCAGAAUACAGUGUUGAGUAGUGCUGAAAAUGAGCCUGUUGGGAUGGACAAGUCGGCCUUGGGUACUUCGGGAAUCCCUGAUGAAGGGUCACAACAAGGGCAGCAGGAUGUGAUCGAAGUGCCUAUGGAUACUUCAUGACUUUAGAUGCGCCACGUUCUGCGAAUGCAAGGGCCGAGGACGAUGAGUUCGAAACUGCUUUCAAAAAGUGCCAAAUUUGGGGACAAGCAAGGUGCCAUUGAGAAAUAUUGUGUAAAUUAUUAAAGAAAAAUCAUCCAUCCAUACAUCUGGCUAUAACAUUUAUAAGAUUCUCUGGGCCCUUUUAUGCUAGGGCUUACUGAAUUAUGGUUGAUACAAAUUGCAAUUGUAUGGUUGAUAUUUUUUCAUUGUAUUUUAUGACUUUUGUUUGAAAAAGAGCUUGAGCAAUUGGGUGGCGCCGCCCAUGGUCCUGGACUGGCUCAUGUUGUCAAAUUAUGAAAUCUCUGAUGAACUAGGAAUGUUUCCUACAUCUGUGUGCGCGUGUUCAUGUGUGCGUUUGUCAGUUUUAAGACCCUUCUAUACACAGCUGAAUUUAAUUAGAGUGGACCGACUGAUGUACAGUAAUAUUGUUUCUUGUUGGGUUUUAAGUAUUGUUAAUCACAUGUUAUGUGUUGAGAUUUCAUGUUAUAAACAUUAUGCAAUGGGUUGUAUGGCUUGUGUGUUGGCCUUCAUGUAGAUUGUGAGAGUAAUCGAUGAAAAGAUGUCAUUCUGGUGACUUAAGACUUAAGUACUUAAGUACUUAAGAUGCAUCGUAGCCACCACAUCGGAUGACAUGUACGCGGUGGUCGGCGUAAUGAUGAUGUUUCAAGGGGACGAAGUUUUUUUUAUGAAUCCCUGUAGAUGGAGCUACUGGUCAAGUACCAUUUCGGGGCCUGUUUGUCUUGACAGGACAAAUAGCUUUGCCUUGCAAGCAACACAAACGUUUAAAAAACACUCAUGAAAGGACAUACAGGGGAAGAAUUACAUCUUUAUCAACGAUCAAGUUCUUUUUCUGCUGUUGACCUCGAAUGCUGUCGGGCAGGACGUUUCGUAUGAGCCCUGAAAAGGUAUCCCACUCUGCAUCUCCCAGCAGAUUGAUUUCCACUUUCCCAUUGUAAGCGCUGCAUUGAUUUUAUUUGUGCAUGGGCCGAGUUGCACUUGCGUAAUGUCAUCAUUUUCUCAUCCAUAGUCUUAUGUUUGAUGCCCCGUUUGGUAGCACAAUGAGAUGUCAUCCGGAUCCUUGAUACCGAGAAUAAAGUAUUUUCAUAGGGGCAGCGGUAGUGCAGUGGAAGAGAGUCGGCCUCAUGAUCAGGAGGUCGUGGGUUCGACUCCCGGCCGAGUCACUGCUUGGUUCCCCGACUGGUCGCUUUCAAGUGAGCGCCUUCUGGUUGCUCCUUGAAACCCCUGAUUGAUUUCUGUGGAGACCGGGGUAAUAAUUUGAUAUCCCACAGCGCUUUAACAGUUCCAUUACUGAGGAGCUCUAUAAAUCUGUGAGAUUAUUAUUAUUAUUAUUGAUGAUAUGCCUGGACAGACACACAAUAAGUUAUGUCACAUUCUUGAUUGAAUAAUCCUGAGUUUUUAUGACCCAUAAAUUGUCCAUUCUCCUUGCAUUGUGACGUUAAAAUGUGUUGUACAUGUACAUGUAUUGAAACUAAUCAAUUUAUGGACAAAUUCAGUUUGUGAACUUGCUCUGGACAGGGAACCAUAAUUAAGAUAUUAGAAAUUUCUGUUGCCUUUAACUGCCAGUCUGCGUACAGUGUAAUGAAAUGUUUAUUUUGUGCUAAGUUUUAUACGUUUAUUUCAUGAAAGGAACGGUUUUGUUUGUGGUAUUUUCUUGUGUGAAUUUCUUGUAGUUUUAUGUUAGAGGGUAAUCUACAUGUACAUACGAAGUAAGAUGUAUCUACUGGUUGAUUAUAUAACUUUUGAUGACAUAUCAUUUUCACUUUAAAACAUAAGUUGAAACGUACUUUUUGCAUUGUUUUGGGCUGUGCUUACCGUAAACCAAAAACUCACGAGUUUAACUGUUAAAGGUCUAUGCUGUUCAUUAAAAAUUUGAAAUUUGUAAUUGGAUUCGAAAAAUUUCAAAUUGCAUAAAUACGUCCUGAAUAUAAAUUUACAAAUACAUGUACUAUAGAUAAUGAGUUACCGCAAAUUUACAUGCAUAACUGCACAACAGUAUUUGUGUAUAACUGCAUAUUUCUUCCUGAGCCACUUGAGUAAAUAUAAACAACGUACCCAUUUAAAGGUUGCAAAUUUUCUCAUUUUGGAUCGACAGUAAGAUAACUAUCAUGACGGCCGCCAAAAUUUAAUAAUAUUUUAUGCAUUACAGUUGAAUUUUUUCCACCUUUUAGAUGUGCCUUUGACAGUUCAUUUGUUUGUAAAAAAUUAAAACCCUUUUAUGGUUUACAGUCAUAUUUUUGACCCCACAAAGGAAUGUCCUGCAACAAAUGAUGAUAGAUUAAUUGACUUAAGUCUGAACUGCAAAGUCUUAAAGAGAUCUUCAGCAUGAAGAUUUGGCAUUGUUAGAUAUCAUGGAGUAUUUACUCCAUGUUUAUCAUACUUAUAUGACUAUGAGAACUGUACAGAAUAUUUCUCCUUCAAUCAUGUACAAAAUGUUCUUAUCAUGUAUCUGAUGUGUCUAUCUAAAAUUAUUAAUCUGAAUUUUACCAUAAUGUACAUUGUAUACUGUUGAUAAUAGGACCGAAUAUAUAUUUUGAGAGUUUCCAAAAAUCUUAAUUGACGAAAAAACUGGAAAAGCACAUGGAGUGUUUCGGUUUGAGUACCGAUGUAAAAAUGUGCUUGAUUGAUGAUUAUAUAGUAGAAUUGUCCCCGUGUGAAGUAGUGCAUUUAUCUUGAUAUACCGUUAUUUAUUUUCCGAAGUUAUGGGUCUUAUGCCACAAGGUAAAAACCACUUUAUCUUGCUUGGGGAAACUUACUUUUAAAGUUGAAUUGUUGUUGAAUUGAACAACAUUUUCCAUCAAGUCACCAGGCAUGGCAGAUUUAGAUACACAAAGUUGCCCCCAAUAGGAAUCUCUCAUUUCUCUGUACAUAUUUACGCUUGUAUGAGGAGUAAAAUUCGCGCAGAAUCAAACAAAACUCGGGCCCCUACAUGUAACUGUUAAAUUGACAGAGAAUUAUCCUUCAGCUGAAAAGCAUUUUCAAAUAUUUUGUGAAAACGAUGUCCCAUUUGGAAAUCCUGCCCACACCUAUGAUAGUGCUGCCCGAAAGUCCUAUUCCAGUGAGCACUAGUUGUGUGCCACUACAGUUUGACGCCAUUUGCCGUUUAAGGAAUUGAUACCAAAAUAAGGGCACUGGUUGUUUCACUAAACACGCCGAAAACCUCAGCUGAUACCGAUUGGAUGUCACACCAAGCACCGCAAGGGUGGAGUUAAAAUGUAUUCCAAAGCUCAUGCAACAGCCAAAGUUUUUGGCAAGUGAAAGUUCCACCCUUGAGGUGUUUGGUGAGAAACCAACACCGACAUUAAGGUUUCUCUUUAAUUUCUGUUCGAAAAAACCUCAAUAAUUUGAUUUAUUUUAGGCAUAAUUCACAGAGAAUCUACCCUUGGCACAUUUGAUAUCGACCAAAGAGGUUAUGGUUUUCUCACCAAAACGAGGCUAUUACAUAAUCUAUUAUGAAAAUGAAGCACUGUAACCCAGGUGUUUUAGAAUAUUUGCCAAGUGAUGGUCCAUGGCCUUCUAAUAGUAAUGCCAUCUUUAUUGUCUUCACUGAUUGUUGAUUUGCCUAUCAAUGUUUUUGAUGGUUUGUGGAAUAUUACAGUUGUGCUGUUUGCUUUUGUUCACAAUCGCAGAUGAUUGUGGGAAGGUAUUUAGAUACCGGUUGUACAGGGUGACCCAAAGAAGUGCAACCCAUAAGAAUUGUCGAUGAAAUUCAUCUUCACGUAGGUUUCAGCUCCAGAUCCUAGGCUUGAAGCUUGGUGUGAAAGUAAUACAAUGAUUGAGUUGUGAUCAUGUGAAUAAAAUCCAGACUUGAAAGCUAAAUGAUCAAUAUUUUGAUGGGUUGCAUUUUCUGGUCACCCUGCACCUGAGGAAUUCCGUCAGUUCAGACUGGUUUGUGCUGUUCUACUUCUGAGUGGCAAAACACUGGUGGACUGUCAGACUUAAUUUAUCAGGUCUGGAGGCAGACUACGAUACUUUACAUUUCUUUGCAUCCUGACGAACUGAUUGAUGUACAUCUAUUGUUUUAGUUGGUGUCAAUUCUUGUGAAUUUGUGCAAUCUGUUGAUAAUUCUAAUCCUACAUAUGAAAUGAAGUUCUUACAUUUGAAGUGAAGUUCCACAAUAUUUGCCGCAUUAUGGCAGGUUCUGUGGAAUGACGUCAUUUUCAACAGAAGCUGAUUCCUCAACUCCUUAACAAUUUUGGCCGCUGCACUGCUGGGUAUGCUAUCUAAAAAAGGAGGCAACUUUGAGACAAUAUUUCGAGUCUUGAACUGUGAGGAAACACAUUUUCUUUGGAAAUUUCUCCAAUGGUUAUUCAUAGACAAAAAACUAAUCAAUAUGCCUUUCUACCUUGGGAACUGGUGUAGACUGUGGACCCGACUUCUCUUGUGUGCAUUGCAAAAAUCCGCACGCAUCCAAUGGUCUCUUAACAAAGUUCCUGCGCUGCAAAUGUGGUUGUUGAUGACAGCCUCCCCUGCGAAUGUGGUAGCUGAUGGGGGCCUCACCCAUAAAUGUGGUUGCUGAUGACAGCCUCCCCUGCAAGUGUGGUUGGUGAUGACAGCCUCCCCUGCAAGUGUGGUUGCUGACGACAGCCUCCCCUGCAAGUGUGGUUGGUGAUAACAGCCUCCCCUGCAAGUGUGGUUGGUGAUAACAGCCUCCCCUGCAAGUGUGGUUGGUGAUAACAGCCUCCCCUGCAAGUGUGGUUGGUGAUGACAGCCUCCCCUGCAAGUGUGGUUGGUGAUAACAGCCUCCCCUGCAAGUGUGGUUGGUGAUAACAGCCUCCCCUGCAAGUGUGGUUGCUGAUGACAGCCUCCCCUGCAAGUGUGGUUGCUGAUAACAGCCUCCCCUGCAAGUGUGGUUGCUGAUGACAGCCUCCCCUGCAAGUGUGGUUGCUGAUGACAGUCUUGCCUGCAAAUGUGGUUGGUGAUGACAGCCUCGCCCGCAAAUGUCAUUGCUGAGGGCAGCCUCGCCCGCAAAUGUGGUUGUUAAUGACAGCUUCGUCUGCGAAUAAGUUGCUGUUGACUGUCUCGCAAUGAUUGAUUCUUCCUGAACUUCAGGCCAACACUCGGCAAUAACAACCAAGCUUGCGUAACGCGUGCGAGGGGAGGGGGAUACAACUGACUCUGGUUUUUUCAAGGAUUUGAUUGACUCUGUUCAGUUGGCACCAUUUUGCACUGUCUUUGGAAAUUUCCGAUGACCCCGUGUGCACUGUGCACAAAAUUGUCACAGUGUGCAAAACAUAUUAACUUAAUGCAGUACGAAGGUUUGUGACGGGAACAGAGCAGUUGCUGAAAGUGUGUGAUCAUGAUUGUUAUGGGUAAAAAUGGUGUCACACUGGCUUGAUUGGGUAGAAGGGCAUAUGGAUUCUUGGCCUUUAGUCAUAUUCCCAGUUUGUUUCACAAUUUUGGUCACAGUAUAACUCCAAUCCUCCCUAUAUUUCUACACCAGAUUUACCUGUGUAUGGCAUUGUUCUGUAUAAAUACUGUAAAUAUGAGCUAUUGUUCUUGUAGAUGUUCUUCAAUUUCAAACUAUUACAAAUAAAUGCA